AAGAAGUUGUGUUCUUCAUUUAUGUUAGUGGUUAUUUUUUUGUUCAAGCGCGGGUGACUCCGAAACGGCACAAUUGGCCGUUUUCUCGAGCCAUGAAUUUUAAGGAGUCUUAUACAGACACUGCAGGGACUGUUGCGUUGGCAUGCAGGGAAGGGAACGUAAAGCUCUUAAGGAAGUUUAUUGCCAAAGGUCAACCUGUGGAUGUCAAGGACAAUAGGGGAUGGUUUGCUAUACAUGAGGCAGCACAUCAAGGCGCUGUAGAAUGUCUUGGAGUCCUUUUGAAGCACAAAAGUGUUGAUGUCAAUAUUAUGACAUUUGAAAGUGAGACACCCCUGUUAUUGGCUGCAAUGGCAGGGCAUGGUAUUUGUAUUGAAGCUUUGUUAAAGGCAGGAGCAGACCCAUACAAAGGGACACAUGAAUCAUACACUCCACUCUGGGCAGCAUGUAAAUGUUCUCUAGACUGUGUAAAGUUAUUAGUGAAUGGUGGUGCUGAUGUCAAUUGUCAAACAGCUAUGAAAGAGACUGGUCUGCAUGUAGCCGCUCAUUAUGGGAAAGCUGAGAUUGUGGCAUACCUAAUAGAAAAAGGUGCAAAUAUUGAAAUAACUGAUGAAAACGGCCUAACACCACUUUUUGUUGCUGCUAACUUUGGGCAGUCAGACUGCUUGAUUUUGUUGCUUGAGAAAGCUAAAAGUAAAGGAGAUCUGUUCUUAAAAAAAUAUAUUCACCACACAGCAGAUGAUGGUUGUCCUCCUCUAUAUAUUGCUGCACAAGAGGGGUCUGUUGAUUGUGUCCAAGCUUUGCUAGACCAUGGAGCAAAUCCUAACAUGCCGCUAUUGACGGACUUGUGUGGUGAUGGCAAGGUUUUACCUGUAUAUCCAUUCCAGGUUGCCAUAGUUAUGUUUAGAAAUGAAGAAUGUGCAAGAGUGUUGGGAUGUGCAUCUGAUCUCAGUGUGUAUGAAUGGGAGAAAUAUUCCAAAAAUAUCAACAUUCCUAGCCAGUAUGAAUAUAACCCAGUUAUGUGGGUGAACAAUCCUAUCUUCUUUGAAUAUCACCCAGUAGUGGCAGCACUUUGGACUCACAAAGUGCAGCCAAUGCAAAUUCUAAUUGAUUUAAAACAUCCAAAAAUGUUUCAAGGCAUUCCUCCAGAAUUGUGGAAGAAAACCGAAUUUGAACCCGCUGCUAUCAUGGCUAUCAAUGGCAUGUCUUCUUGUGUCUUGAGGAUGAAAUACUUGUCUCAAGCAUGUGGAGAUACAUCUGAUAAUUUGAAGUUCAUUGUGUUACUUUGUAGACUUGUUAAAAUGAAUUUAGAGAAUGGGUGCUUUUAUUCUGAUGGCAAUCCAUGGAGGUGGGAAUGGAGCAUCCCAGAUUUUAAACAACAAGAUCGACUUGCAUCCAAAUUGUGUGCACUGACAAAGUAUAAACAGCUUUCAUUGUUUUAUCCUGAUCUGUGUGACCUGCAACAGUUGAAUUUAUGUUCUGAGGAAAUUGCUCUCAAAGAUAAUUUGAAACGCAUGAAACAUAUAACAACAUAUAAACAACCGAUGAAUGUCAACAGAAUUGCGGGUUUGACUGAAGAAUUCUUCAACGAAACCUUUGGCAGCCUACACUGUCCUAAUGUUAUGACAUUGGACCAUUAUGCAAGAAAGACUGUAAUACUGACUAUGAUAAGAUCUGGGAAAUACACACCGUCUGGCAUUCAGCAGCGUCUGGCAUUCAGCAGCUCGAUAUACCAGAACAUAUGA